AUGGCAGAAAGAGAUCUAGAAAAUCACCUUCGUAAGCUAUUAACAGAACACAAAUACCUUGUGGUGAUUGAUGAUGUGUGGCAGAGAGAAGCAUGGGAAAGUUUGAAACGAGCAUUUCCAGAUAGAAAGAAUGGCAGCAGAGUUAUUAUUACCACGCGCAAAGAGGAUGUAGCUGAAAGAGCAGAUAACAAAGGUUUUGUCUAUAGACUUCGUUUCCUGAGCCAAGAAGAAAGUUGGGAUCUCUUUUGUAGGAAACUACUCGAUGUUCGGGCAAUGGUCUCAGCGAUAGAAAGGCUAGCUAAGGAUAUGGUGGACAAGUGUGGAGGUUUACCUCUUGCAAUUGUUGUUUUAAGCGGACUACCUUCACAUAAAAGAGGGCUAGAAGAAUGGCAAAAAGUGAAGGACAACCUUUGGCAGAACAUUAAAGACGACUCUAUUGAAGUCUCCUACAUACUAUCAUUGGGCUACAACGAUUUGUCAACUGCACUCAAGCAGUUUUUCCUGUACUUUGGUAUAUUUCCAGAAGAUCGUGUGGUCCAUGUUGAUCACAUAUUAUGGUUGUGGAUGGCUGAAGGAUUCGUACCAACAGGUAAAGAAAUAAUGGAAGAUGUUGCUGAAGGCUUCUUGAAUGAGCUGAUAAGACGAAGCUUGAUACAAGUGGUAAGAACAUUUUGGGAAAAAGUCAGUAAAUGUAGGAUUCAUGAUCUACUUCGCGAUCUUGCUGUACAAAAAGCAUUGGAGGUAAACUUUUUGGACAUUUAUGAUCCAAGAAAGCACUCCAUAUCCUCCUUUUGUCUGAGACAUUCCAUUCAUAGUCAAGGAAAACGACUUUUAAAGAUGGGUCUUAUAAAGUUCCGUAAUGUGUUCCAACAUCUAUAUGUGUUGUACUUGGAGAUUCGUGUUGACAAUAAGUCUAUAGUACCUGAUGCCAUAGGAAGUUUGUACCACCUCAAGUUCUUAAGAUUGACAGGUAUCUAUGAUCUUCCAUCUUCCAUUGGCAACCUCAAGAAUUUACAGACACUUCUUGUCAAUGACUAUGAGAAGUCAUGCCUGUCAAUUUUCAGCUGA